GCAACCUAAAACAGCUGUAAGAAUUGCUCCACACCUCUCACCAUACACCAAACCACAGAGCAACACGGCUGCACUAGUCAACAUCCAGUCUCUGACUGAAGGGGAGGUGAUCUCUGAGCUGUGCUCCAGGCUGGCAGGCUUCCCCCGGCAAUGGCAGGGCAGAGGGACUGGCCACUUUACUUGGAGCAUGUGUUGAGUUUGGCCUGGACGCCCAUAGCCCUCUAGUCCUCAGGCUGAUUAAUGAGUGCCUGGAGCUCCUCUGCAACAAGGACAUUGGGGUGGCACAGCUGUGCCACCUGGGCGAGGUGGCAUACACCCUGGAAGGCCGCCAGUCAGCCAUGGUGACAGAGGUCCUGGACUCUGUAGGUGAUGCUGUAGAAGAGGAUGGUAUCUCUCCCAGCGAGGCUGCCACAGUCUUCUCCCUGCUGGCUUUGUGUCACGAUCCUGCCAGCCAGCGGCCGAAACUCGUGCUGCACACUUUGCACGGACACACACAGAGGCUGGUCCAUCAGCUAAAAGCCAGUCAAGUCAGUGAUAUACUGCAGUCCCUGGCCAUUUCCCUGGUGCUGAGGCUGAGUCACAGAGCAUCUCGGGUCUUCAAAGCUUUUAGUGAUGAUGAAGUUAUUAAGGUGCUCUCUGCACUGAUGAUCCUGGGACAGCAUGAGGAGCAGCUCCUGGCUGCUAUGGAGAAAGACUUACCAGGGAGGCUGGGAAAGUGUGAUCCGGAGGUGAUCAGCACCGUCAUGGAGUACUGUCUGCAAAUGAGGUGCCGAGUCAAUCUUUGAGGCUGUGGCAGAGAACUUCGUAUGCUAUGCUGAAAGGCACACCACCCUUCAGAUAGCCAAACAG